AUGGCGGCCGACGAGCCCGGUCAGCCAGAAUUCGGCAAGGACAAGUCCUUGGCCUGUCAAUCUUGUCGGCGCAAGAAGACGAAGUGCGACCGCGAGCAGCCGUGCGCGCAAUGCACCCGCUUCAACACCAUCUGCCUCUACGAUGACUGUCGCUCGAAGCCGGGUCUCCGCGCCGGCGCCGUCGAGCGGCUGCAACAGCGCGUCGACACGCUGGAGAAGAUGUUUCUCGGCCAAAGCCUACUCUGGCAGAAGAUGUGGAGCGCGGUGCUGGAUGGCGUAUCGCCCAAUGUCCCCCCUCCCGCACACAAUGGCAUCGAAACGGCAGGUAGUACGGCGAGCCUCAAGCAGUUAUCUGAGGAAGUCAAGCAGAAUUUGCUGCAAGAGGCAGCAGGGAUGCCUGAGGAAAACACGGAUGUCAUGCGGCAGCAGAAACCACCAGAAGCGCGUGCUGCCAAGCGUCGGAAACUCCAUUUUGACUCCAAUGUUGGGGAGCAGGCGAUCGAGACAGGGGACGACUUGUCUGCCGCGCAGGUCGCUGCGCAGGGGCUGCUACCACAUGCAGUCAUGAUGGAGUUAGUCGAAUUCUAUUUCACUAAUGUCCAUCCCUGGAUUCCCAUCCUCCAUGUCAGGCGAUUUCGUGAGCAGCUGUACAGUCCCGACGGCUGGAACAAGGCCCUGCCGAUUUUACAUGCAAUUCUAGCUACCUCCAUCCGCUUUAUUGCACACCCGGAGGCUGGAGAUCCGCAAUCAAGAGCAGACAUGGCGGCUGCUAGUCGUCAAAGAGUGAUCCUCAACAGCAUGGAGUCAUUUUCGGUGGAGAACUUGCAAGCAUUGGUGAUUAUAGCGUUCGAUAUAAUCGGGAGUGGUCGGGGCCCGUCAGCGUGGUCGGUAGUCGGCAGCAUGACGCGCACUGUUGAACAACUCCAGCUAAGUGUCGAGGAUCGUGACGACGAUGAGGGAAGAACGGCGAAGGGUGAGUAUCUCAUCAAGCGAAUGGUCUUUUUGAAGCCAGCGCAACACUGGUGGCAGACCGAGGAGCGAAGACGGGUAUUCUGGACCGUGUUCCUGAUGGACAGAUUUUGUAGCGUCUCGACCGGAUGGAACCUGAGUUUGACGAGCGCAGACGUUCGACGGCGCCUGCCCUGCGAGGGAGCAUUAUGGCAGCGGGAGCAAGAGCAGACCACGCCAUUCUUUGGCAUCGCCAAUCAUUCCAGCCACGGAGCGAACGGUCCAAUCUUGGACGACGAUAAGCACCCAGGACAGGACUCCAUCGGCGGGUUUGCCUACGCCAUCGAGGCCACUGAGUCGCUGAGCCUGGUGGUCCAUUUCUUCUUGCACAAUGCCCUUGACAUCGAAGACGUUCAAAAGACCAAGAAAUGGUUGCUGAGAUUCAAGGAACUCGAUUUGCGCCUGGUUCAGUGGAAGCUCCUGCUGCCGCCAAAGUGGCAAUCGGCUUCGGUUCUCAACGUGGACGGAAUCAUGGACCCGAAUCUGACUCUUGCGCAUUUCACCCACAACACAGCACUUAUUCUACUCCAUCAGAGUAUUGCCUAUCCUCCCGCACAUUGGAAAGAUUGCCCUGUGCGACUUCCGUCGGCAACCUCACUCGAAACGUGUAUCGAGGCUGCCUCCGAGAUUGUGAUGCUGGGUAGCCUGUUUCUCCAGCACUCCUCCAUUCUUGCCAAUCCACAAUUCUCGUUCUGUCUCUUCAUUGCGGGACGAAUGCUACUAGUGCACUCUCAGCAUGCCAGGCUUCCUGUAUCAGACCAGCUCGAUAGUAUUGUUGAGAGUCUGCUGGAGAUAUCCCGUCGUUGGGCUGGUCCCGGUGCCACGGACCGCCGAAAUCUGGCGUCGGUGUUUGGCGAAAGGCUCAUGAAAGCGCGGCAAUACAUGUACUGCAAUGCGACAUCACCCGCGACGCCCCUCGACAUUCGACAAGCCGCUUACUCGGAGUCUGUGGAUUGUGCCGAGUCGUCUUCAAUCGAUGUUCGUGGGCGCCAUGGGGACGGCGUCGGAACUUCUACGGGACCAUUACCACACAGUGCACAGAGCUCUUUGGCCGCAUCGCAUCCACAUUGGACCUCAAUUGAGGCGCAAUCGUUGAUCGAGUACCGCAGUGAGCAGGACCGCGUCGCGAGCCAAGUAUCCCCUAGCGACUUCCUGAAUGACAGUCUGAGCCUCGCGUUUCCACCCCUCCCCCAUUCGCUGCAGGUGCAAUAUGACCCGCUGGCGGGAAUGCCGAUGGUAGAUCCUUCGUGCCUAGGCAAGGAAGCACCAUUGCCAUUUCUUGAUCAAUCUUCAUCAGGAAGAUCUCACUUUUGGGAUCCCGGUCCACAUUAGACAUUUCCUCUCUUAUCACGUCCAUAGCUUGUUUUGGGGAUUGGGUCGGGUAUAACAAGACCAAUCGCAAAAUCCCG